GGCCCAGAGGUCUCUGGGAAAUAGGAAGUGAAGAACUCAAUAGGGGCCACCAUGUACAUUGCACACCUCUGUGCUCCAAUUCUAAAGAGUUUGACACUCGUAGCUCAUUAGUCGGCCCGCUGUGUUUCCCAAGGAGCAUCCUGGUCACAGCACCCGGUGAAUAGAUAAGUAAUUGUUGAAAUGAUGGCAUGGGGUAGGUCCACCUGGUGCUGUGGGUACUCGCAUGGAAAGACCCCGAUGGCAGAAGGAAGGGGAUACCACCCUGCCUUAAUCCCAGGGAAGAAAGGAAAGAAGUCUUUCCGCCUGGGAUUCUUCUCCCUCCUCAACUCAGUCUACAGAGGACCAAAGCCCAGCCUAAGCAGGGAGCCUGGAGUCUGAGGAAAUGGCCCCUGGGAGCCAUAAACUCUCACCUCAGGAGUUGGUGGCAUUCAAGGAUGUGGCUGUGGACUUCACCCAGGAUGAAUGGGGUCUUUUGGACCAUUCUCAGAAAGAGCUGUACAAGGAUGUCAUGUUGGAGAAUGUUCAGAAUUUUAUCUCUCUGGGGCUUCCAGUUCCGAGAGAAUAUUUGGUCUCCCAUUAUGAGCAAGAAGGCCUAAGGAGCUCCUUUCCAGAGACCGGGUUUGAUGUGAAGAAAUUUCCUGCAAUGCUGAAAAAUUGGGGAAUCCACGCUGCAGAGAAAGUUUAUGAAUCUAGUCACUAUGGAAAAGCUUUCAACUGCACAUCCACUCUUCAUAGAAAUCAGAGAAUUCAUACUGAAGAGAAGCCAUAUGAAUGUAAUCAAUGUGGAAAGUCUUUCAACUUUAGCUCCGAUCUUUCUGAACAUAAGACAAUUCAUACUGGAGAGAAACCAUAUGAAUGUAAUCAAUGUGGAAAGGCUUUUAGAAGGAGCUCCAGUCUUGCUGUACAUGAAAGAACCCACAGUGGAGAGAAACCUUAUGAAUGUAAGCAAUGUGGAAAGGCUUUCUCCUAUUGUUCAAAUUUUCGUCGACAUCAGAGAAUGCAUAUUGGGGAGAAACCUUAUGAAUGUAAUCAGUGUGGAAAGGCUUUCACCAAUCAUACUAGCCUUGCUGAACAUCAGACAAUCCAUUCUGGAGAUAAACCUUAUGAAUGUAAUCAAUGUGGAAAGACUUUUUCCUAUUGUUCUAAUUUUCGUCGACACCAGAGAAUACACAUUGGAGAGAAACCUCAUAAAUGUAAUCAAUGUGGGAGAGCUUUCACCAUUCGCUCCAGUCUUGCUCAACAUCAAAGAAUCCACACUGGAGAGAAACCUUAUGAUUGUAGUCAAUGUGGAAAGGCUUUUGGCUGUACAUCCAAUCUUCGUAGACAUCAGAGAGUUCACACUAAAGAGAAACCUUAUGAAUGUAAUGAAUGUGGAAAGACUUUCAACUUUAGCUCCAGUCUUGCUGAACAUCAGACAAUCCACAGUGGAGAAAAACCUUUUGAAUGUAAUCAGUGUAGAAAGACUUUCAGCAAUCAUUCUAGUCUUGCUGAACAUCAGACAAUCCAUACUGGAGAGAAACCUUAUGAAUGUAAUCAAUGUGGAAAGACUUUUUCCUAUUGCUCCAAUUUUCGUCGACAUCAGAGAAUACAUAUUGGAGAGAAACCUUACGAAUGUAAUCAAUGUGGAAAGACUUUUGCUAUUCGCUCCAGUCUUACUCAACAUCAGAGAAUCCACACUGGAGAGAAACCUUAUUAUUGUAAUAAAUGUGGAAAGGCUUUCGGCUGCACAUUCAAUCUUCGUAGACACCAGAGAGUUCACACUGAAGAGAAACCUUAAGAAAGUAAUCAGUGGAAAAAGACUUAUGAUUUUAGCUCCAGUCAUGCUAAACAUCAGACAAUCGAUUCUAGAGAGAAGCUUUAUGAAUGUAAUUAUUGUGGAAAGGCUUUUAGCUCCAUAUCCAUUUUUAAUAGGCAUCAAAGAAUCCACUCUGAAUAGAAACCUUAUGAUUGUAAUCAUUAUGAAAAACUUUCACCAUUCAUUCCAGUCUUGUUCAACAUCAGAGAAUCCAUAGUGGAGAAAACUCCACUCUGAACAUACUCAGAAUAUGUACUCUAGUCUCUGGAGAUCAUAUCUUAAUUUUAUAAUUUUUUAUUAAAUAAUAAGUAGGCCAAGGAAAGAGAAAUGCAGAACCCCAUGUGGCCUGCCAGCUCUCUUAGAUGAAGUGGGUCUUCUAGGCUACCUGGAAUAAUGAUGAAGUGUUUAGAAUGGUUGCACAGCACAUAUACAGUCUCCUAGCAUGAUAGACAAGAAAAUUACUUUACCUAUGACCUCAGGGAGAUAUAGUUCAGAGGUUCAGAUGUAAGAUUUUUUUUUGCUUUAAAAUCAAAAGGUUGUUUUGGAGACCAAAAAUAAAGGAUACACAUUAAUUUCUACAUUCCCCACUCAGAUUCAUUAGGAAACACAUUAGUCUUCCACAAUAAAUAAUUUUAUGUAUGGUAUCUAUACAUUUCAGAAUUGUCUUGCCAAGAUACAUAAAGGCCCAGAGGUAUUAUUCAUUUCAUGGUGGAUCUAACUAUUUCAGUGUUUCUUAAUGUAUUAAAAGUGAUUGGUAGAUGCAUUGACAAGGAGCCAUUAGGGCACAUUCCCUUUUUUUGGGGGGGGGGGUAAUAAGGAUUUAUAAUCUGUAAUAUAAGAAAGAGAGGAGAGACCAGCUGAAGAACAGCAGAGGAGAAGAGAAGAAGCAGAGAGAGAAGUUCCAACUUUCAACAAUCUUCCAGCCUGGGAGAUGGGGGAGGAAAGGAGGUUUUCCUGGAAGCUUCUCAGCUUCUUUCUCAAGAGCCCAUCGGGUUGGGACCUGUUAUUCCUUCUGGGACCCAAAAAUAUCUCCACUAGGACUCUUCAAGAACAACUACCUGAAUUCUAAAGGGGGUUUUAGAUUUGGACUCAUGCUGGCCAGAGCCAUUCAGAUCUCUCCCUGAGAUUUCUCUCUCUCCCUGACCUGCUCCUAGACUCCUUAAUUAAAAGCUAGUUAGCUGAGUAAUAGGGACCAGCAGCUGGCUGAAGAAGGGUUCAACCCUGAGAAUUUCGGGGGGGGGGCAACCUGCCAGAGGGGACCAGUAUUAGGGUUUCCUACUCCCCACUUACCUUGCCAGACACCCCUCCUUCCUCUCCUUCCCUGUGUGAACCCAAAUAAAUUGUUUACUGCUUUAGAAUUA